GGCCACCACCAUUACAGCAUUUCCCGCUGCACGUAGCAAGGUCGAUUCCCGGUGUGAAAACUUGUGAGUGUGUCUAUGGUAUUGGAGAAGGAGCACAGUUCCAUGUCUGUAGACGUGUCGAGCGACGCCGACCGCGGUGUGACUGACGGCGGCGUUGAGCUACCGGCAGGAACGGAUAUGGCUGCCAGGACUUUGGCUGGUGUAGCCAGGCGGCCCGUGUACAGCGCGAUAGUGCAGAAGCUGACGGACACGCUGCGACCGGUACGCUUACUCGUGGAGGACCAGUCGCACCUUCACGCUGGACACGUGGGCAUGCCGGCUGACGCCGCGGGCGCCGAAACUCAUUUCAGAUCUUUCGCUGUAAUGUACGAACAACGAUCGCUGCUGCCUGGACAGCUUCAGCACCUUCUUCUCUUUUUUUCCCGCGUUAUUCAUAUCCAUAGCGUUGGCAUCUUGCUGCAGUGGAAAGGAACGAGAAAAAGAAAGGGGGAAAAAAAACAAGCUCUCGCUGCACUGGGGUGCCCAAAUGAACAUGUGACAGGCGGCUGCGGCCGCGGGUUGACAAUCAGCGACGGGAUAGGGAUCGAGCUGGGCCUUGGGGCUGGGGAUGGAGCUCUGCUUCUCUCGCCGCAGCUCGAUCCCCAGCUCGGUCCCCAACCCAAUCCUCGGCUUGCUCCCCUGGUCGAUCCCCAGGUCGUUUUCCACCUCGGUGCCCAGCGCAAUCCCCAGCUCGAUCCCGACUCUAAUCCCCAGCUCGAUCCCGAUCCCAAACCCCAGCUCGAUCCCGAUCCCAAUCCCCACUCGAUCCCGAGCGUGAUCUCCAGCUCGAUGCCUAGCCCAAUCCCUAGGUCGAGGGAGGCAGCUCGAUCCCCGGCCCAAUCGAGCUGGGGAUUGGGCUCGGUAUCAAGCUGGGAAUCGGGGUCGGGAUCGAGAACUGACCGCAGGCAUCUGCUUGCCGCACCUUGUCGGUGGUGGUGUGGGACGCGACCGUCUGUGCGGCGAUGUUGGAGGCCAUGCCGAUCGGGAAUGUGACGGGAUCGGGGCUAUAUCGUCACACACCGUGUAUCGGAGCGCAAAGGCGAGAAAAGACAAAACAAAAAGGCAAGAAGUAA